CCGGUCGCAAGGAGCACCCUGCUGAAGGGAUUGGGCUCUUCACUGACCGGGAAGAGGAGAUACCGUGGUCAUAGUCAAGAUGGGACAGGUCGGGACCGAGGUAGAAGUCGAGGUCCCGAGCCAGAUGGCUACGGGGAGGAGGCGAAGACCAAGCGGUAAACUGGAAGACCGGGAUCGCGAUCAGCACUGGGCUCGGGACGGCGCUGAAAGCAGGUCCCCGCACUUGUCCAGGACGAUGAGCUAGCAAGCCACGGACGCGCAGAGAAAGCCUGAUGAAACAGUCUGUCACGGUCACACCACACACCUCUUUCAGUGGAGUCGUUGUGUUUGUUAGUGAUCACACAACAGGCACCAGACACACAUACAUAAAAGAGUUCAACCUCGUGAUGAGGUGGCGAAGGUUCGAUGAAGCAGUCAGGCACAGUCAUGCAUUUUUUUUGUGCGGUUGUGUGUAGCAAACAUGAUGACAACACACGUACAGACACAGACACAAAGUAGAAAGAUAUGCAGGUUGUGAAUUGCAAAUUGUCUAUUAUGCAGAUCAGCGGGAAGAACAGCUAGUUCCAGGAAGGCGAGAGAGAGAGAGAGAGAGAGAGAGAGAGAGAGAGAGAGAGAGAGAGAGAGAGAGAGAGAGAGAGAGAGAGAGAGAGAGNGAGAGAGAGAGAGAGAGAGAGAGAGAGAGAGAGAGAGAGAGAGAGAGAGAGAGAGGAUAUUGUGGAUGGGAUGAUGUGGCGAGGGAGGGAAUAGAAGUCGGGAGGUGGCAGUGCGGUGAGUGGAAUCGCGCCAGAGGAUAAAGUUUGACUGUCCGACGUGGCUCCACGUGGCUAUGGAGCCGUUGGUGUUUAUCGGGUUAUACAUCGGUGCAAUUGGCUUCAUUGUUUUUAUCAUGCUUGUCGGAGAUUCACCCACUUUCGAGAAUACGCCGGUGCAAUACUGUAAUCGGUUUCUGACGUCAGGGAUCUGCGAGUACAGCGAGAGAUUCGUUGCGUUGCUAUUUGGAAGCAGAGGAGUCAAUGCGUGUCGCGAUGCUGCCAAUUGUUGCUGCUAUCGACCAAACCCUAUUCUGCAGAUUUUCUAUCUUUCGCUCAUUGGAGGAGCAUACUGGGUUCUUGGAAUAUGUGCUUUCCCCUACAUCCCAGGCCCUUUCCUGUCUUCUUUGCACAGAUACACAGCUCCCCUGAUGGUGUCACUGUGCUUGGCAACGUUCUAUGUUGCAUGCUUCUCUGAUCCAGGGGUAAUAACCCCAGCAAAUAUCGGAAAAAAUAAGUCUAUUUUCCCUUAUGACGGCACCAUUUAUCGGGAGAAGCCAUGCAGCACUUGCAAUUUACCCAAGCCUGCAAGGUCCAAGCACUGCAGUAUUUGUAAUGUCUGCGUGUCACGGUUUGAUCAUCACUGCGUCUGGAUGAAUAACUGCAUUGGGGAGCGAAACUUGAGAUACUUUCUUCUGUUCCUGGUCAGCCAUUGUUUGAUGUGCUGCUAUGGAAUAUACUUGCUGCUGGCCAUUCUCAUCGGAGAAGCGGUGGAGAGAUCUGUCAUGGAAGCGAUCGAAGAGGAUCUGGGGAGAGAGAAUUUCAGCUGGAAGCUGGCAAUACCACAGAUGACACGUUGGUUUCUGAUCCACUUCUCCGUUCAUGUCAUGUUGGCGCUCUUUGCGGUUAUCGUCUCUGUCCUCCUCGGGAGUUUUUUCGCUUAUCAUCUCUACCUUAUCUGCAUGAACACAACGACAAAUGAGACAUACAAAUGGGCAGAGUAUAAAGAAUGGCUCGUUCAGCAGAGCGUAGAGAAGGCAGCACUGGCAGCAAAGAAGAACGCGGAGGCAAGUCGAGAAUCCCGCACGGACGCAGCUGACGAUGAAUCUGCAGCCUCUGAUACGAAUGGGGACGGAGGACUGUUGCCCUGGAGUUCGUUGCUGCAAUGGUGCCAGCGAAUGUGGUCCAUUUUUCAGACAAAAGUGGAGAUCGCAUUUUCCGAACCUUUUCUGGAGGCGGCGGGGUGGAGAGGAAGAAGGCGGUCGAGAGGYAMGAUCCYGGCGUUCCAUCCGUAUAAGGUGGGCGGUCUGGAGGUCCUCGAUGGUGAAUUGGGAGGGGUCGAGAGAGGCAGUGUCGAAGUCGUCAUCGGAGGUGGGUUGAGUGGUGUCGUUAUGGAGAAAGAGGGGCCGGGAGGGAGCGGGCGCGGACUGGUGAUGGGGGUGGAGGAGUCGAUCGUGGUGAAGCAUGCGAGAGAGGAGGUCAGCAAGGGGCAUGUCGGGUUCGUGGGCGAGGGCGGUGGCAAGAUCUUUGUGGCAUACUCACUUGAUGCGGGAGAUGAACGCAAAGUCAGGAAUGACGGUGGUGGGGAGGUGAUGGUGGAGGGAGCGGAUGUAUUGGACGAAGCGGUCUGUGGGACCGGUUUGGCGGAGGUGGCAGAAUUGUUCGAGGUAGUCGUCAACGGUUUUCUGGGGGCAGAAGGUGGCUGCGAGAAGUUUGGCCCAUUGGAGGAAGGAGUGACGUGGUCCUCCAGAGGCUCGGCGGUUGCUGACUUCAGCCAUCCACCAUUUGGCGGCAUUGCCGAGGAGGCGGGAGGUGGCAAUGGGGAGCCAGUGGGCAAGGGGCAUGUGGUGGAGGUGAAAAGAGUUCUGGAGCUGGGUUAGGAAGAGGGAAAAAAAAAAAAAGUGGAAGAGAAAGAAAUGAAGAAGAAGGAGAGGAGAGAGAAGAUAAAAGGAAGAAGAAGAAAAUAAAAGAAAAAUUUUGUU